AUGACUGAGUCCAGCUCUUUCGCUAUCCAGGGGUAUAAUAUGUCCAGGCUUUUGAAGCGUUUGGAAGACGCAACGGCCCGCUUAGAAGACGUUACUUUGUUCCAGGAAGGGUACGUGCAAACCAAGAUCAACGCGCUUCACGACGAGGGAAACAGUGGGAAAGAUGCAGUGAAAGCGAACUCUGCACCUGGUAAUGCAGAUGCGGUCGAAAUUGCGAAGCAGAGCGAGCCCCAGACCGCUGUAGAAGCGGAACACGCCAGUAUUGUGGCAUUUGACAGGUUCACGGAUGAACACUUGAAACCGUUGCUACAGACGUCUGAAAAAAUUGAUCCACUCGUUAAGCAAGCCAUUGAGCAUUUUGGCAAAGCUUUCGAGGCUCAGAAACAAUUUCUGAGGGUAGUGAUGGCUUCCAAGAAGCCUGACUACAGUUCCGAGGCUUUUGGCAAAUCUCUCCAGCCCUUGAACGAGCAAAUGCUGGCCAUUGGCGAUCUGAAAGACCAGAACCGUCAGAGCAAAUACUUUGCGCAUCUCAAUGCGGUGGCAGAAGGUGCGCCGCUUUUGAGCUGGAUCGGCGUCGAGACUCCAGCAUCUAUGAUUGGCGAUUUCAAGGAUGCAGCACAAUUCUGGACAAACAGAGUACUCAAGGACUUCAAAGACUCUGACCCCACCAGCGUCGAGUGGGUCAAGCAAUUCCUGGGUGUUUUUGACGGCUUGAGAGCCUACGUCAAAGAACACCACAUGACAGGGCCCUCUUGGAAUAACGCGACGGGACUUGAAUUCUCUGAAGCUUUGGAUAAACUUAACGCCUCUAAAUCAACUUCAAGUGAAGGCCCAGCUCAGCGUUCUGCUGCUAGUGCUGCUGCUCCCCCUCCACCACCACCUCCAGCCCCUCCUGCGUCCGUGUUUCAAGCGCAAGAAACUCCAGCUCCUAAAGGUGGAUUUGACGCCGUUUUCAGCGAGUUGAACCAGGGCGAAGAUAUAACAAAGUCCUUGAAAAAGGUGGACAAAUCUCAACAAACUCACAAAAACCCAGAGCUUCGUGGUUCUUCUGUGACGCCUGCCUCUAGAACCCCACCUCCAAAGCCCAAAAAGCCCACCACACUCAAAACCAAAAAGCCCGCAAGAAAAGAAUUAGUCGGUAACAAGUGGUUUAUUGAAGGUUUCGAAAAUGUACAAGAGCCGAUAAUAAUUGAGGUUAACAGAGAUGAGUCUGUCUAUAUCGGCAAUUGCAGCUCUAUUUUUGUACAAAUAAAGGGUAAAGUGAAUGCUAUCUCUAUGAGCGACACUGAACGCUGUAAUGUGAUGGUAGAGAGCAGCAUUUCAGGCUUCGAUAUCAUCAAGUGUGUUAAGUUUGCCGUUCAAGUGGAGCAAACUCUUCCUCAAAUUAGCAUUGACAAAAGUGAAGACGGUAUUAUCUAUCUCAGCAAGGACUCGCUCAAUGCUGAGAUUUUCACCUCUUGUUGCACUUCCCUCAACGUCAACCUCCCAAUUGGUGAAGAUGAUGACUUCGUCGAGUUUCCCGUUCCGGAACAACUUAAGCAUACAUUUGCCAGCGGUAAAUGGGGCAGUUCUGUCUUUGAACAUGCGGGAUAA